AGUUAUCACUUAUCAUAAUAUGUACUUAAUGUGACAAAAUAUUAUGACAACGUUACUACUUGUCAUAACUGACAAAUAAGUUGUGACAAACUCGUUAUUUAUCAUAUUAGAGGAUUUAUUGUGACAAAAUAAAUAUGACAAAUUUUUUUUUGUCAUAAUAACCGAAAAUUGUUGUAGUGUAUGUAAUACUGCAUGCAAACAGGAGGCAGACUGAGAGUAACCCGAUGCCCUAACUGAUUCUACCAGACCCUUACAAGCCAAAUAACCAUGAGAAAUAUCCUCUUCCACUUUCUCUAUUGUAGAACAAGACCCACAAUUAUUCACGCCCAGCCUGGUACCAUCUCUAUCUGAGACAUCAUGGCAGCAACUUGAACGAGCUGACUGUUUGACAAGUGUUGCCCCCAACUUGUCCAACACAAAGACGCGACCGUACUUACUUCCUUUCCCGAGAACCCUCCCCGUCAUCUGAUCCUGCACAAGGCAAUCACUAAAAUUUAAAGGGACCUCACAUCCAUCCUCCGCUAACUGACCAAUAGAAACAAUGUAGGCAUUAAUCGAGGAACAUAUAGCAUCUUAGGAAGAGUGACUAAGCUAGUCAAAGAGGUGCCUUGGCCAUGAAUGGGAAACUGAGCCCCAUUGUCCACUUGUACCCGGGGAAGGACGAACAUAAGCAAAUGUAGAACGAGUAGGAUUCAUAUUAUUGAAUGGCGUUGAAUCAACAAGCCAACGUAAAGACUUAACCGAGGCAGCACCAGUGGCAAAAGCUGAGUUUAAAGCCAUAGAAAGGACGUCAUGAAGAGCUUCUUACACAAGCGGCCGAAUCAAUGCAGGAAAAAAGCUAGCCAACGUGCCCAAACUCCCCUUAGACUGCUCACCGCCCUGCGACCCACCAUCAUAACUAGCAGCCAAAUCUCCCACAGAGUAGGCAGUCGAAAGAGAGGAAUAACCAUUCUCAGACUAAGGAUGUAGCUUUCCCAACGGCUCAGUGUGUGGCAAUUAAGAAUAAUAUGACCCGAUUUCUUAUAAUAAUUACAUAAAUUGUGCUUAUUACAAUGGAUUUGAAAAUGACUAGAUUCACGAUAAAAGGGACAAUGAAUAUCACCAAAUUCGGACGGGCGAUUGAAUUGUGAACGUGACGAUGAACCGGGGCGGCCAACAACAAAAUCAAAUUCAUACGCACUGCUCGAGUGAUCAAUUUGAGACUGACUCUUGAGCAUAGUCUCCUCCCUAAUGAGUCCUCCCAAAAUGUCUUGAAUGGAUGUAAUCUUGCGGUGUAUCAGAGACGCCCAUAUAGGUUCAAACUCCAGACGAAUUUUGGAUAAGAACUGCAUAACUUGAGUGCGACUGCGCUCCUAAAGAACAACUGUCGAAUCAGCCCUCGAGACUUGAGAAGCAAAUAACGCUUCAGCUUCAGUCCAUAGAUGUAAGCUUUCUAGAUAAUACUUACGUAUAUCGCGAUCUCCUUGAUCCAAAUGACCAAUCUCUAACUCAAGUUCAUACUUCCAGGAGAAACUCUUCUUCGAGUGUGUACUAAAGAUAUGCUGCCACAUAUCAGCUGCAUGGGUGUCGCUUUUUGUAAUUUCACCGGACAGUAAGCUUGACUAUUACAAGUCUGAGUAUGUGAAUGGGCCACUCAGAAUUCCGGGCGAAGUAGUGGAGGCGGGAGCAAAGCGAUGGGUCAACAGUUUGGUAGGCUAGUUCAUCUGGAAAUUACCAUCCCUGUCAUCGACUAGGUAAUGGGCAAACUGGAUGGGGUAAAGCUAGCGAGAUUUGGGUCUCUCAAUUGGGGGAAAAGCUAGUUUUAUUAAAAUUUGUCUCGGUGGAGAUUAGUCAAUGGGUCUUCAAGGGAGGCCAUGGCAUCAUCGAGAUAACCUAGUAUCCCUUCGACAUUGGGAGCCAGGUAUUUCCCUUUGACGAUUGAUAAUUUUGCUUUUUCUGUAUGGAUCCCAAUUUCAAAAUUUCCUACUGAAUUAGCUUUGAAGAGGGUUUGGUAAGGAUUUCUAAUUCCUUGGGGAUACCGAUGUGUAUGGAUAUUCCAACUAGGAAAGGGUUGUGCCUAGUUGAAGCGAAGAUUUGUGUUGAAGUUAAGGUUGCAGGAAUAGAAUCGAUAAGUGUUACUCUGGAUGGGCUUCCAAAGAUGUUCACGGGGACAAACUAUUGUCAUCUACUAAAGGUUUGUGAGAAGUGUGAUGUAUUUGGAAAUGAAUGCUCACUACCUGAUGAGCCUACAAAGAGAGUGUGGGUGACAAAAAAUUUAGUGAUAGGGGAGUUACCUAUGCAACAAGUAGAUGUAAUGGAGUAUAUGAAGGAAUAAACUUCAAAGAAAGGGUAAAGAAGUUGUUCAAAGCUUAGAGGCAGAGCUCCUGUGGCUACUUUAGUAAGGUAGGAUAUGAUUGUCACUCCUCCACAUGUGGUGGUAGUGGAUGAAGAAGGAUUUACUCUAGUGGUCAACAAAAAACAAUGUACCAAACCGACAAUGACUAGUACUGGUAACAUAUUAGGAACUCAAGCUGUUGUAAGGCAAAUACUUCUGGAGGAAAAUAAUUAUCCUAGUUUGUCUUGAUUGUAGGUUGGAAAUAAGAAUGUUGCUCCUUCACUUCUGUCCCCACCAAAGGGUCGAGUCAGGGGGAUUUAAUUUCUCUGAUAAUCCUUCACUUGUGUUAGCACAGUUAAAGAGGUAUAAGGUUGAUCUGAUUGGUUUGUUGGAAAUUAUGGUUAUUGUAGAAAAUAGUAAAUCUACAAUUUCUAAUACAUUUGCACCUUAGGUCAUAUGGAGAAUUACAAUAUGUCUAAAGACAGUCGUGUUUAGAUAUUCUGGAGGCCGGAUCUAAGUGUCACAAGAAUUAAAGAUGGUGAGCAUUUUAUGAAGGUGAAAGUGGUUGGGAAGGAGACUUUACAUGUUAUAUUUGUCUACAAGAAUUGAAGAUGGUGGGCAUUUUAUGAAGGUGAAAGUGGUUUGGAAGGAGACUUUACAUGUUAUAUUUGUCUACUCCCCUAACAAAGAUAAUGAUAGAGCAAGGUUAUAUCAAGAAAUGCUAUUGAUAAAGGAUACUCAUACACCAUGUUCUAUUUUAUGGGACUUUAAUGGCAUCUCUUAGUUAAAUGGAGCUUCAAAUUCCAUUGUGCUAAAUCAAAGUAUGCAGGAUUUCGGGGUGUGGAUUGGACCUAUAAAGUCAAUUGAUCAUAAGGUUGCAGUUUCAUGGUUUACUUGGUGAAAUAAGCAACAUAAAAUUUCUAUUGCAAGAAGGAUUGAUAGAUUAUUUGUCAACGAAGCUUGGUUGGGAGUUUUUAAGGUGAGUUCUGCUUUUACUAUUUCUCCAAGAGUGAUAAUUGAUCAUUAUGGGAUCUUGUUAGAAACUUCCCCACCUCUGAAGCAUUUGCCUAAACCGUUUAAGCAUAAGUUUCUGGAAAUAUCAUCCAUCAUAUCUUUCAAUAAUCACUUAUGUUUGGAAUACUGAGAUCACAAGGUAUCCUCAUUACGUUUAUUAUGUUGAACUGACUAAAGUAAAUGAAGGGUUAAAGAAGCUUAACAAGGAAGAGUUCUCUGAGAUUUCUGAACGAGUAAGGGUACUGGAGAAAGAACUGGAGGUCCUACAAAUUGAAUUGCUUAUAAAUUCAAAUCAAGAUUUAAUUGAGAUGGAGAAAAUAUGGGAAUAGAGUGUUUAAAAGUUAUAAGAGCCGAUGAAUCAAUCUAUAAGAAAAAAUCUCGAACAAAGUGGAUUCAGGAAGAGGAUGCAAAUAAAACAUUUUUCUAUAAGUUGGUUAAAAUUAGAAAUAAAAUACAGGUAAUUAGUCGUAUACUGGAUAGUCAAGGAGGGUUAAUACUAAUGUUAAAGGUGCUGGAGUUGUAGCACUUGCAUUCUACACAUAUCUUAUAGGCAUAGUGGAUAAAGAUGUAGUAGGGCAGCAACAAAAUUACUAUGAUUCCUUUAUUCAACAUAGACUUGACUCAUUGGACUGGGAAAUGUUGAUGAGAAUUGAGAGGUGUUUCUAUACUGGAAAUCAAACAAAUAUUGAAAGACAUGAGAAAGGACAAAGCGCCUGGCUCGGAUGGAUUUCCAGUGAAUAUCUUCCUUGAUCACUGGAAUAUCAGUGACAUAGAGGUUGAAGAGGUAAUUCUUAAAUUCUUAGUUACUGACUUUAUGCCUCAAAUUGUAAACUCAACAAUCCUUACCUUGAUUUCAAAGUUGCCUAGUUUAGAAAGCAUGAAUGAUUAUCACUCCAUUUCCUGUUGCAAAGUAAUUUACAAGGGGAUUUCAAAACUCUUGGCUAAUAGGAUUGCUCUUGUUCUCCCUAAAGUGAUAAGUAUAUCUCAGACAACAUUUACUGAGGGACGUUUCAUAAGUGAUAAUAUACUCUUGGUUUUAGAGAUUGUUAGAGAUUAUCAUAAGGCUAUUGUUUCUCCCAGAUGUGUGGUGAAAAUUGAUAUCAUGAAGGAUUUUGACUCGGGCUUGUUUGCUUGAUGGAUUUGGUGAUGGAUUUGAGUUUAUGAUGGACUUUGUCCACGAUCCAUUGUUUGCUUCAAGUAUUUAGAGGUACCAAAUCCGUGAGACCCCUUGAUUCUAAGGGUCCAAAACCAUGGGGCCCACAGACUUGAAAAUUCCAUCUCUUUAGGUGGGAAUUGAUCAUGGACUUUGAAUUCCAUCAUUUUUUACAAAUCCAUAAUGAACCCAAAACCCUCAUAUAUCCAUGGUUUAUCAAAACCCAAAUUAUACAAAAAUCUUCAUUUUCUAAUCCACGAAGCAAAAGAGCCAUAAAUGGAGAGUUUUUGUUUGCUGUAAUGAAGGCUAUGGAUUUUCAAGAGAGAUUUGUAGCUUUAGUUAGAGCAAGUAUCACCACUCCUGUCAUCAGUGUUGGAAUUAAUGGGGGUCAUUGUAGUAAAAUUUUAACAAAAAUGGGGUUAAGGCAAGGGGAUCCAUUUUCACCUUACCUAUUCAUUAUAUGUUUGAUUGUUUGAUAAAAAAAGCAGUGAACGAGUGUGAAAUUUCUUAUCAUCCAAGAUGUAAGCCAUUAUGGAUUACCAGCCUUUGUUUUGUUGACGAUUUAAUGGUUUUCACAAAUGGUUCAAUCCAAGGGAUAACUGGUAUUAAAAGACGGUUGGAAGAGUUUUAUCAAAUCUCGGGUUUGAGCAAUCCUGCCAAGAGUCGGUUAUUUUAUGCGAGCUUAAAGAGAGGUGAAAUGGAUAUAAUUUCUUCAUAUUUUGGAUUUCUUUUAGGUAUAUUACCUGUCAAAUACCUUGGAGUCCAGUUAAUAAUAGACAAAAUUACUAGAAAAGACCGUCAAGUAUUGAUUGAUAAGAAUACCAAGAGAUUAAGAAGUUGGAGAAUUAAUAAUAGACAAAAUUACUAGAAAAGACCGUCAAGUAUUGAUUGAUAAGAAUACCAAGAGAUUAAGAAGUUGGAGAAUUAAUCUUCUUAGCUGUGCGGGAAGAUUCAAUUGGUAAACACAGUAAUCUCUUGUACACUUCAGUAUUGGGUGAAUCUCUUUCUUCUACCCAAGUAUGUGAUUAAAGAAGUUGAGAGAUUAUGUAGUGCCUUCUUAUGGAUUCCUGUUGAGGUAGGGGUAGAACAAGAGCAGUUAUGGUUGGGACCAGUUGGCAAAGCCAAAUAGAGAAGGUGGCCUUAGGGUGGGAAAUUUUAAGAUAUGGAAUAUGGCAUGUGUUCAUAGACAUUUAUGGGAAAUUCUUGCUGAAGGGGGAUCAAUAUGGGUAGCAUGAGUUUGUAGGUAUAGGAUCAAGCAUCAUAUUGUUUGGUCUUUACCUGUCAAAACUGUUGGGAACUAAAUCUGGAAGAGGCUUUUAAAAUGUCGAAGUACAGUGAAACAAUACUUCUCUAGCUCAGGGAAUGAUUUUGCAUGUGAUUUCCUAGUAAUGAAGAAGUAUUAAGCAAAGAGGGUAUGAGAUUCGAUAAGGAUAAAGGAAGAGGAGGUUAAAUGGCACCCUUUGGUAUGGGGAUAUCACUAGCAAUGGUUCAUCAGGUGGACCAGUUAUGAAAGCGGUGGACCGCUUGGGGAAAGAGGUAGACCACUUCAAGGAAGUGGUAAACCAUUUUUUUGUAUAGUGGACGACCUUUUAUUGAACGAGGUCGAUCGUUUAUUGAACAUAGCAAAGUAGAAUAUAGUAUAUCUGGUCGACCAUUUUGUCCAAAUAGGUCGACCAUAUCAGUGAAGAGGUCGACCAUUUUUUCCAAGUCACGGUGACUAGUCCUAAAAGUUAACAAACUCUAUCUGACUCCUUUUAAUUAGAAUUAUUAUUUUUCACAUAGAAAAUCAUAUUAAUUAUCUCUUACAAAAUAACAUCCACUAUAUGAUUUUACUCAUCUUCCACCACUAUAUAUCCUAGUGUUAAAUGUUGGUGGCACAAAAUAUUAUAGCAUGAUGUUAAUAUAUCGUGCCAUGGUGUAGAGAUAUCAGGUUUGCAGAAAUAUACCAUAGUGUAAAAU